AUGAGAACAAGCAACCAGAAGAAGUUGAUAAAGAUCAUCACAAUGCCCAUCAGGGUUUUGAAAAAAGGCAAAGACAUGUACAUAAAAAGCAUGAUGGGUGUUGCUCAAAAACCUAGAUAUGGAAGCACCAACAUGAAGGGGUCAUUAAAGAAGGUUCAGCCAGUCUCCUCAGGCUUGCCCAAGAGCUUAAGCGCAAGUGCUGCCUCCUCGAGGUCCUCUACUUUGGAAACCGAUCAAGAUCUAAGAGAUCUCACUAGAGCUAAUUCUACUAGUGGUAUAGGAUCAUUAGAUGUGGAUUUGUAUAUGAAGCAACUCAUAAAGGAGGAGCAAAUGAAGAAGCUCAAAGAGUUGAUGGAGAGGAAUAAUUUUAGUAAAUCGAAAUCAUUGAGAGGGGGAAUGGCGAGAAGCUGUAGUGUUGGAAUGGGAAGGAUAGAUGAAGAUAAGGCUUAUGAAUUUGAGGAAGAAGAAGAGGUAGAAGAGUUGGGUAGUCAGUUUAAUGGCAGAACCAAGUAUGAAGGGAUGUAUUCAAGAAGUACAAGCAAUGGUUUUAGGAAAACGACCAGUGUUCCCGUUUUUUGA